CUGUCCCGGGCUGGUGCCUCCCCCGGCCGGUGCCUCCCCCGGCCCGGCAGCGCCUCCUCCCGCCCCCCCGCGCCAGGCGGAGCCGGAGCCGGAGCCGGAGCGGAGCCGGUGCCGGGGCGGCUCAUUGCGGCGCGGCGCGGCGGCAGCAUGGCCACCACCGUGCCCUGCACCCGCUUCACCGACGAGUACCAGCUCUACGAGGAGAUCGGCAAGGGGGCUUUCUCGGUGGUCCGGCGCUGCGUCAAGCUCUGCACCGGCCAUGAGUACGCCGCCAAGAUCAUCAACACCAAAAAGCUCUCCGCCAGAGACCACCAGAAGCUGGAGCGGGAGGCGCGCAUCUGCCGGCUGCUGAAGCACUCCAACAUCGUGCGGCUCCACGACAGCAUCUCGGAGGAAGGCUUCCACUACCUCGUCUUCGACCUGGUGACGGGUGGCGAGCUCUUCGAGGACAUCGUGGCGCGGGAGUACUACAGUGAAGCCGAUGCCAGCCACUGCAUCCAGCAGAUCCUGGAGGCCGUCCUCCACUGCCACCAAAUGGGGGUCGUCCACAGGGACCUCAAGCCGGAGAACCUGCUCCUGGCCAGCAAGUGCAAAGGGGCGGCCGUGAAGCUGGCCGACUUCGGCCUCGCCAUCGAGGUGCAAGGGGAUCAGCAGGCCUGGUUCGGCUUCGCGGGCACGCCCGGCUACCUCUCCCCUGAAGUCCUGCGCAAAGAGGCCUACGGCAAACCUGUGGACAUCUGGGCAUGCGGCGUCAUCCUGUACAUCUUGCUGGUGGGCUACCCGCCGUUUUGGGACGAGGACCAGCACAAACUCUACCAACAGAUCAAGGCCGGUGCCUACGAUUUCCCUUCGCCCGAGUGGGACACGGUCACCCCCGAAGCGAAAAACCUCAUCAACCAGAUGCUGACCAUCAACCCCGCCAAGCGCAUCACAGCCCACGAAGCCCUCAAGCACCCGUGGGUCUGCCAACGCUCCACCGUGGCCUCCAUGAUGCACAGGCAGGAGACAGUAGAGUGUCUGAAAAAGUUCAACGCCCGGAGGAAGCUCAAGGGCGCCAUCCUCACCACCAUGUUGGCCACCAGGAACUUCUCAGUGGGCAGACAGACCACCGCUCCUCCGACCAUGUCGGAGGCCGCCGCCGGGGCCCCCCUGGGGCUGGUGGAACAAGGUAGACGCGUCCCGCAAAGGGCCCCCCCGGCCCCCCCCCCGGCCCCGCUUGGUUUCUGUGUGUGUCACCCUGCCCAGACCCUUCGUCCCCAUGUCCCCCCCCCCCCCCAUCCUCUUCCUCACCCCCCCCAACGGGUUUCGGGGGUCCAGCACAGCCCCCCCAAACGCAGCCAUGCCCCCCUCACCCUGGGGCAAGACAACCCGGAUUUCUGCGCGUUUCCCAACUUGAUGAGCACAGGGGCCCUGGGGGUCUCGGGGUCUCGCAGAGCUUGA